AGUGAGUGUGCUGUGGACUGUUUGUGAGUUUAGUGGGCGGGUUUUGUUUCGUGGCAGUAAUGGGCGGACGUUAAGAUUCAGCCAGGAAAAGAUAGGAAAGCCUUUAACGUUACUUCCCCAGAGCACAAGUAAACGAUGGCUGCCAUUCGUAAAAAACUUGUCAUAGUGGGUGACGGAGCUUGUGGAAAGACCUGUUUGCUUAUUGUUUUUAGUAAAGAUCAAUUUCCUGAAGUCUACGUGCCCACAGUGUUUGAGAACUAUGUUGCAGACAUUGAGGUUGACGGAAAACAGGUGGAACUUGCCUUAUGGGAUACUGCUGGACAGGAGGACUAUGAUCGGUUAAGACCCCUCUCCUACCCUGACACAGAUGUCAUUCUUAUGUGCUUUUCCAUUGACAGUCCUGAUAGCUUGGAAAAUAUUCCAGAGAAGUGGACGCCAGAGGUAAAGCAUUUCUGUCCGAAUGUACCCAUCAUCCUUGUGGGUAACAAAAAGGAUCUCCGAAAUGAUGAGCACACGCGAAGGGAACUUGCCAAAAUGAAACAGGAGCCCGUAAAGCCAGAGGAAGGACGCGACAUGGCCAACCGCAUCAACGCCUUCGGGUAUUUAGAAUGCUCAGCCAAGACAAAAGAUGGAGUGAGAGAGGUCUUCGAGAUGGCCACCCGGGCUGCACUGCAAGCUAAGAAACGUGGCAAAAAGACUGGCUGUCUGCUGUUAUAGAAAACCUGUAGAAGAGCGGGUAUCAGUUAACACAGCCCAGGAGACUCAAGCACAGGGAAGGGGGGGGUUGAAGACUAGCAUUCGUGUCCUAGUACAGUCGGUGUAUCGGACUGAUACUGGGACAAUGUGUCAAACUAACAACAAGAGACAUAUGGACAGACUUUGGGAACAGUUGGAACGGAUUACUUCAUUGCCUGUCAUCACAAAAAGUUUUCUGGUCACGUCGAACAAUCAUUUGACAUGAAAUUUGUAAACAGACUCUAUAUCUAGGGUGUUCGUUGUGGAGUUAUUCUCUUUUUUUUUACAUUUUAGCCCCAAACACCAGUUUUAAAAAAUGUUCUCCUCCAAUAAGUGUCUCUUUUAGGUUUACCCUCCUGUCUUUAGUGACUGUUUUGUGUUGGACAGAUUGUAUGUAUGUUUGUAUGUGUAAGAAUAUUAAUGUCUGUGCGAAUGAGCGCAUGUAUCUUUGUUGUAAAUGAGUGUAUCUGGCCUGCUUUAUUCUGUUUUAUUAUUCUGUGCUUAGCUAAAGCACACACUGAACGUUGAAGUGGACUGUAUUGGGUUUAACCUUCCACUUCAGGCUUUUUUCCUUUUAUAGCUGAUGUCUCAAAGGAUUCUGGGCUGUACAUUAGGGAUGUAAACCGUCUAACCAUUCUGGUUUAUUUAAGGUAUACCCUUUUUUUAAUAAUUGCAUUUAGAAAUAAAACGGAUGAAUUUCUCAUUUUAA